GUUUUGUCCGCAAAUUUUUUUCUUUGGGUUUCCUUAUUGAUUUCUGCUUUUUAUCGCUUUGAGGUUUAUUUGUAAUAAAUUUCGCUAUUACUUUGGCUGAUGCUCUCCCUCCUUGCCGGUUUCCCUGACAAUUUUAAGCUUUUGUUUACCAUCAAAUUUCUAUUUGAUCAUUUUUAUUUGUACUUUUCAGCGUUUUUUCAUCAAAGGAUUGCUGAACAUUUAAAAUGCCACCACAGGGAAAAGAUAAAAACAAAAACGGCAGUCAACUUGGAGGAGCAAAUUCUGGACCAAAAAGUGGUGGUAGAAAUAAUGGACAAAAACGUUUUGAAGAAGCUGGAAAAUCCUCUAGUAGUUCAAAACAAAAUGAAGAAACAAAAAAAGUGUUGCGUGUGAAAAAUUUUUUAUCUGUUGUGUCUGGCGGUGGUGAUGAGGCUAUUCUUUCUGAAAAUUCUUUUGUUGCUGGCAGUGGUUUAGGAAUUAUUUUAGAAGAGGUUUUGCUUUUUAUGUUAUCUCUUAACUCAUUUUUAGUCUUCUUCUAUUCGAUCUAA